GGCCCCGCGGGCCCCGUCUCCGGCGGGCGGGAUCGGAGCCCGGCCCCGGCGCGGCCGCGACAUGUCCGGCAAGAUCGAGAAAGCAGACUCCCAGCGCUCCCACCUGUCAUCGCUCACCAUGAAGUUUAUGGACAAGUUCCAUUCGCCCAAAAUCAAGCGGACACCCUCCAAGAAAGGGAAGCAGCCGGACCUGGUGGAGAAAACACCAGAAAAAGCAGGAAACAAGAAUCUAAUUUGGCUGGAGGAGAAAGAGAAGGAUGUAGUAAGCGCCCUACGCUAUUUCAAGACCAUUGUGGACAAAAUGGCCAUCGACAAGAAGGUGCUGGAGAUGCUGCCGGGGUCGGCGACUAAAGUGCUGGAGGCCAUUGUGCCCCUGGUCCAGACGGACCCGCGGAUCCAACAGAGUUCUGCCAUCUCCUCCUGCUACAGCCGCGUGUACCAGAGUCUGGCCAAUCUGGUUCGUUGGUCUGAUCAGGUGAUGCUAGAAGGCGUAAACUCCGAAGACAAAGAGGUGGUUAACACAGUAAAAGGGGUCAUCAAGGCUGUUCUAGACGGAGUCAAGGAGCUGGUCAAGCUCACAAUUGAGAAGCAAGAGCACCCCUCUCCCACGAGUCCGGUCAAACCUCUUUUACCCGCAUGUAAAUCUGACAGCCCUUCAGAGCUUCCCCUGACGGAUCGGGAGAUGGAGAUUCUCAACAAGACAACGGGGAUGACUCAGGCCACAGAGGUUUUGGCAGAUUCCACCGACGAAGAGGUCGCCCCUCCCAAGCCCCCCCUUCCUUGCAUUCGGGUAGCCGAAAACAGUCCUCCUCCAGCGCUGCCACCCAAAAAGCGCCAGUCGGCUCCGUCUCCUACAAGAGUGGCUGUCGUGGCGCCCAUGAGCCGGACCACGAGCGGCUCCAGUUUGCCCAUUGGAAUCAACAGACAGGAUUUCGACGCCGACUGCUACGCUCAGCGGAGGCUGUCGGGGGGCAGCCAGUCCUACGGAGGGGAGUCCCCCCGCCUCUCGCCGUACAAUAGCAUGGGCAAGCUGAGCAAGUCCGACGAGCAGCUCUCCUCGCUGGAUUGCGACAGUGGGCAGUGCUCCCGCAACACAAGCUGUGAAACGUUAGAUCACUACGAUCCAGACUAUGAGUUCCUGCAGCAAGACCUCUCCAACGCUGAUCAGAUACCUCAGCAGGCGCCCGGUGUCCUCAGCCCCUUGCCCGAGUCCCUGGCAGAGUCCAGCUCCCCAUUUCACGGACGCGCUUUCCAGCUGCCGGAGCACUGCAGCCCCUUGGCGGCGAUGCAGGCAGCAGAGAUUCCCCCAGCUCUGCCAGAGAAGAAGAGGAGGGGCACGGCUGCCCACCCUUUUGAUACCUCCGGCUGCAGAAUCGUGUUCGAGAGGCACCCCUCACAAUAUGACAACCUCUCCGAGGACGAGAUGCAUAACCCGGCCUUGAUCCCCACGAUGCACUUCACCCCUUUUGCCACUGUGCUGCCCUUUCAGCCGGGGAACUCGCCGGCCCCAAUGGAAUUCCUCACUGACUUCACUUCUCCGGACUCUGCGGGAGACUCCGAGAAACCGCCGCCUCUGCCUGAGAAGAAAAACAAACACAUGAUGGCCUACAUGCAGUUCGUAGAAGAUUACUCUGAGCCUCAGCCUUCCAUGUUCUACCAGACGCCGCAGAAUGAACACAUCUACCAGCAGAAGAACAAGCACCUGAUGGAGGUUUAUGGGUUCAACGACUCCUUCAGCAGUGCCGACUCUGGCCAGGAUCUGGCCCCACCCCCGGCUCUUCCACCAAAGCAGCGGCAGCUACAGGCCUCUUUUGCCACCUCCUCCUUCUCUUCUGUCUCCUUCUGUGUCCAGCCACCUCAAGUGCCCUUCGGCCCCGAAGACAGCAGUGGCUCUGCUCAGGGCCUCAGUAUGUCCAUCUCUAACUCCUUCCUCCACCAGCACAGCUCCUUCCCUGUGCACUCGUACAAAUCGGUGUUCAGGUCUUACUCCCAAGACUUUGUGCCUCGCAACCAAGUUUCCGUCCCUCCUUUUCUCUCAUCCGCCUCCGCCAUCUCCUCCCCGCCUCUGCCUUUCCCGCCUGUGCACCAGUCUCCGAACUCUGCCCUGGUGGCCGGGCCAGCCGCAGGCGGUCAGCCGCUCAGCACCGCAGACGGGGCCACCUCCUCUUCUCAGGAGAGCAGCUUUAAUGGGACUGCUUCUGUCUGCCUUCCUUCUGAAACCUCUUUCACUGAUUCUCUCCAGACAUCUUCGAGUGAAAACGCCGGUGAGGAGGCUGGGGAGGGUGAAUACGUCAAUCUGUAUUCCUCCGGCCAAAGCAACGGGGAACUCCCUCAAUCUGAAGGAGAAUUUCCGGCUGUCAGAGACGGUUACCCCAAGGACUCUGCCUCACUCAGCAAUGCCCCAGGGAAGGAAAACCAAGAUGAAAGCAAAAGGCAGCAGAAGUCACCGGAAUCCUUGGAGUCUUCCCAGCUGGAAGAGGAGGUGGACGAGCUGUCGCUGGUUGACCACAAUGAAAUUAUGGCCAGGCUGACACUGAAGCAGGAGGGUGACGAUGGACCAGACGUACGUGGGGGAUCAGGGGACAUUUUGUUGGUCCACGCGACGGAGACUGACAGGAAAGAUUUGGUGCUGUACUGUGAAGCCUUUUUGACAACUUACAGAACCUUCAUCUCCCCCGAAGAACUCAUCAAGAAGCUGCAGUACAGAUAUGAGAAGUUCUGUCACUGUCCGGACACGUUUAAGAAGCGGGUCAGCAAGAACACCUUCUUUGUCCUGGUCCGAGUGGUGGACGAGCUGUGUUUGGUGGAGCUGACCGAGGAGAUCCUGAAGCUGCUGAUGGACCUGGUCUUCCGUUUGGUCUGCAACGGGGAGCUCAGCCUCGCCCGCGUCUUACGCAACAACAUCCUCGACAAAGUCAAUCAGAAAAAACUUCUGCGAUACACCAACUCCAUCAAGCCCCUUUCGGCCCGGGGGGUGGCAGCCAGGCCAGGGACCCUCCAUGAUUUCCACAGCCACGAGAUAGCUGAGCAGCUGACCCUCCUAGACGCAGAGCUGUUUUACAAGAUAGAGAUCCCUGAAGUCUUGCUGUGGGCCAAAGAGCAGAAUGAAGAAAAGAGCCCCAACUUAACCCAGUUCACAGAGCACUUUAAUAACAUGUCAUACUGGGUCCGUUCGAUCAUCAUGCUGCAGGAGAAGGCGCAAGACCGAGAGAGGCUGCUGCUGAAAUUUAUAAAGAUCAUGAAGCACUUACGGAAGCUCAACAACUUCAACUCCUACUUGGCCAUUCUCUCUGCUCUGGAUUCGGCACCCAUCCGGCGACUCGAGUGGCAGAAACAAACGUCAGAGGGCCUGGCUGAGUACUGCACACUGAUUGACAGCUCUUCCUCCUUCCGGGCAUAUCGUGCGGCUCUUGGAGAGGUGGAACCCCCUUGCAUACCCUACUUAGGCCUCAUCCUGCAGGACUUGACCUUCGUCCACCUGGGGAACCCGGAUUACCUUGAAGGCAAAGUGAACUUUUCCAAGCGUUGGCAACAGUUCAACAUCCUGGACAGCAUGAGGCGCUUCCAGCAAGUGCAUUACGAGAUCAAGCGGAAUGACGACAUCAUCUCGUUCUUCAAUGACUUCAGCGACCAUCUGGCCGAGGAGGCCCUGUGGGAACUUUCACUCAAAAUCAAACCUAGGAACAUAACGAGGCGAAAGACAGACCGGGAGGAGAAGACCUAAGCGGAGGCGGUCAGAGGCCUUGGGCAUAAAGGAUCGCUGGGCGCACGCGCGGACGGCAGCUGUAAGACACAGACCUGACUCUGGGCCACGCCCCCUUCCCCUCCCAGGCCUGCCCCAGCGGUUGGGGUGACUUGGCAGGGAGGCUGUGAGCGUUGGUGUGUGCCGUCCUUCCCGUCAGGCCACAGGAGAGAGCCGCCAAGUCCUUCCACUCUCCUUCCGGCGCUGCCCAGUGACAGUACCACAGAUCAGCUUUCAGUAUGGAAAGAGAGUGCCGUGGAAAGGGGGGAUCAGUGCCACCGUGUUCCCGCUUUGCCAAAUUUUAAGUUUGACUUACAGUCUGUGUGCCAG